CUCGCGCCAGCUCGGACGCUGGGUUUGCUCGCUUUGGACAGCCCACAAUUAACCACCUCGCUCGUCCAAAGCAUCCAAUCCAACCCCCUCCUUGUAGUUGCAGGACCUGGACCAGGACCAGGACUAGUAUAUAAGCAUCCCAGCGCAGCCCAUCACACCAAAGCGCAGGGUCUGCUGCUACCGCUCGCCCGCAUCCCAAAUUCCAAUUGCGUCCACCACGAGUCGGACACACCAAGCUCUCAAGACAGACCACACGCCACCGCUCGCCGUUCUUGCGGCGGCUGCUGCGGGAAUGGGCGUCGUGGAGUGGACGCGCGGGCCGGCCAUCGGCAGGGGCUCCUCGGCCACCGUGUCCGUCGCCGUCGACCGCCGCACCGGCGCCGUGCUCGCGGUCAAGUCCGUGGGCGCCGGCCGGGCCGCCGAGCUCCGGCGCGAGCGGGCCGUCCUCCGCGGCCUCAGCUCGCCCUACGUCGUGCGCUGCCUGGACGCCGAGGACGGGAGCGGCGGCGGCGGCCUCGACAUGCUCAUGGAGUACGCGCCGGGCGGGUCGCUGGCCGACGAGAUCAGGCGGUGCGGCGGCCGGUGCGCCGAGGGCCUCAUCCGGUCCCGCGCGCGCGACGUCCUGCGCGGGCUCGCGCACGUGCACGCCGCCGGCGUCGCCCACUGCGACGUCAAGGCCCGCAACGUGCUCAUCGGCGCCGACGGCCGCGCCCUGAUCGCCGACUUCGGAUGCGCGCGCCGGACGGGCAUUGCCGGCGAGGAGCCGCGGCCGACGGGCGGCACGCCCGUGUUCAUGGCGCCCGAGGCCGCGCGGGGCGAGGCGCAGGGCCCGCCCGCCGACAUAUGGGCGCUCGGCUGCACCGUCAUCGAGAUGGCCACCGGCGCCGGCCCGUGGCAGCGGUUCGCCACCCCCGUCGCGACGCUGCACCACGUCGCCUUCUCGGGCGAGGCGCCGGAGCUCCCGCCGUGCCUGUCGGACCAGGGCAAGGACUUCCUGGCGAGGUGUCUGCGGCAGGACCCCAGCGAGAGGUGGACGGCAGAGCAGCUGCUCGAUCACGAGUUCGUGGCCGUCGACGCCGCCGCCUCGACGUCCAAUUCCGUGCCAGGGGUCACCGAGAAGGCCACGUUCGUGUCCCCCAAGAGCGUGCUCGAUCAGGCCCUGUGGGAGGACGACGACGACGACACGGCGGCAGACACCGCCGAUCCCACGGACAGGGUGCGCGCGCUGGCCGCGGGCGCGCCGGCCGUGCCGGACUGGACCUGGGACGCGAGCUGGAUCACGGUCCACGCCGGCCCCAGCGUCGACGACGACACCGAACACGAGCCAGCAAUGCCGCCGGAGCAGCCGGAGGCGGGCACGGACACCGACGCCAGCGACUCACCCGCGGGCGGCGGCUCCGCCGGGGAGGCGGGGGCCUCGAGCAGCCAGCACGCCGCACAAGGCAACGGCGGUCGGUACGAUGGCACGGGCAGCUGUAACGGCGGGCGCAGCGAUGAUGGAAAUCACGUGGUUAGCGAUUGCAGUACCGUUCCAAUCACAAGCAACGGAUUCUUUUCCGAUCCCAUGUCAUGUUUCGCUUGUCCCAAGUCCCGCCCAAGCUGGCCGGCCCGGCCCGUUUAUUACAGCGCCACCAUGCCUACCUUUCUUCCUCCCGCGUCGCCAUUAUUGGCAGGAGUGGUGAGUACUCCGGCUCCGACUUAACACGGCGCGAAUGCCAGCGAUGACAUUGCGGAGGAGGGAAUGCGGAUCGAACGGGCGAUUUUUUUCGUUUGGUCGGUCAUGCGUCACGCGUGAGUGGCGAUGGGGCUAGCGGUGGUUGCGGCUCGCGGCGCGGUACGGCCGGCGGGGUUGGUUAGUUAUGAGGCGGCGACGUCGGGUGUGUGUGAGUGAGUGAGUGGCGUCGCCGGCGGGGCCCGGCCCGGCGGGAUGGAUGGUUUGCUCGACGUGGCCGCCGUUGGGUCGCGAGCUGGCUGAGUCGGGUGGAUGCGCGCGGUCCCGCCCCUCCACCAAUUGGCAGCCCCUGAGAGGGACGCUUGUGUGAGCAGAGCACCUACCUCGCCGCAUGCACGUUUGGCACGCGCGCCUCGCACCGCCGUGUCGGUCUCGCUUUCUGCUCCCACCAUGCGGUUGUAGCGCGAGCUGGGCAGGGCAGAGCGGAGUGUGGAUUUUGUAUCGUUGACGUCGAGGCGAGCGGUGUCCAGCCGUCCGACUUGUGGUCAUGGCGCGCGGUGUUUCGGCCGCGAGGUAACAUGCGAACCACCACCAAUUUAGG